AUGACCGGUUGGGGGGACAGACUCGUACUAGCACUGGGUUGGCUCGGUGACUUUGACGGUUGGGAUUUGGCUUCGCUGGCUUUGCUUUCGCAUGGUCCUGCGACGUUUCUUGUCUCUGUCUUUUACGGCAUUCGCUGGUUGACCGCCGGCGCCUAUCUCGGUGUGGAGGUCGUAUCAACUGCCUUGCCGUUCCUCCUUUUGCGUCAUCUCUCCGGUGACGGGGGCAAGGAGAGUGCUGCUACACCGAACAGGGAGAUCGUCACCGACAAGUGGAUUCAGCUUCUUACUAGCCUUCAGGCGGGAUUGGUCUACAGUGUUGUGCUCUUCCUGGCUAGCAGGACGUUCCUGUCGGAUGUGUUUGUGCUCCACUUUGAGGGGAUUCCUACUGUCAAGCCUGCCGUUGAGCCGGCGGGCAUCUUUACGGGGGCGGAUGGGAUCGCGACGGGGGUUUUGGGGUUGUUGAUGGGGUGGGCUGCUAGGAGGUUCAUCUUUGCGCCUGUGGUUACGGCUCCCGAGGGGACGGUCGGGGAUGAGGAGAAUGAGAGGUUUGAUCCUGCGAGUGCGAGCUUGGAGGAGACGGUCAAGUGGAAUUUGUGGGGGUGGAGGGACAAGACGAAGGUUUCGGUUGUGAGGACGGGCGCGGCUGUGGUUGCUACGGUUGUGGGCACGUAUUUGGAUACGGCAUUGGGGAUUAGGGGCGUUGAUCAGGUUGGGGCCGGGGUCUAUGCUGGUGUUUGGGGAUUGGCGGUUGUGUUGACGGGGGUGGCGUUGACGUAUGUGGGGAGCAUCUGA